AUGGCCGCCGCCAUGGAGGCACCGCCGCCCCCCACGGCUGACAGCUUCCCCCUCCCUCCCGUCCUGCGCCAGCCGUCCUCCGCGCCGCCCUUGCUCAUCACGCAAGGCGCCGAGGGCCGCCUCUACAAGACCACCUACCUCCUACCCUCCGUGCCGUGCGCGCUCAAGUACCGGCCCGCCAAGCCGUGGCGCCACCCGACCCUCGACGCCCGCCUCACCCGCCACCGCAUCCUCGCCGAGGCGCGCAUCCUCGCCCGCUGCCGCCGCGAGGGCAUCCGCGUCCCGGCCCUCUACGCCGUCGACGAGUCCCAAGGCUGGCUGAUGCUCGAGUGGAUCCCGGGCGUGCCGGUGCGCGCCGCCGUCAACGCGCGGCUCGCCACCCUCGGCGACGGCGACGCGGUCGCGCGGGACGAGCCGCUCAGGGCGCUGAUGCGGAGGGUCGGCGAGGCGGUCGGCAGCUUGCACAGGAUCGGCAUCGUUCACGGGGAUCUCACAACGAGCAAUAUGAUGCUGGAUCCGACCGGUAGUGGUGGUGAGGAGGAGGGGGGGUCACCGCCGACGGCGGAUUUACAGGGUGAGGUCGUCAUCAUCGAUCUUGGGCUGGCUAGCGGCGCGGUCCAGGAAGAGGAUCGUGCCGUAGACCUGUAUGUGCUCGAGAGGGCGUUUGGCAGCACGCACCCGCGCGCCGAGUGCGUCUUUUCGGAGCUGCUGGACGCGUACCGCGCAUCGCAUAAGCAGGCGCCAGCCGUACUGAAGAAGCUUGAGGAGGUACGGAUGCGCGGGCGGAAGCGAAGUAUGCUAGGCUGA